AUGGCCGAUGAUAAGAGCAGGAAACAGGCUACCCUUGGGAGGUUCUUCGGAUCGAAUGCUAACCAGCCGCCGAAAAAGCAAACUACACUGGCCUUUGGUGGAAGGAGACAGCCGGCAAGCAGUGGUUCUGCCGAUGUAGAGAUCAAGGAUAACACAGGCGAUGUGAAAGUGAAAGAUGACAUUGACUCAGCACCGACUGGUACCGUCAACGGAGGAGAGACAGCGAAAGGUCUGAAGCGGGAACAGAGCUCCGAGGUGGAAGCCAGCGAUGACUCUGAUAUCCAGCCGGUCACCAAAAGGCGGCGCAAGGCCUCGAUCAGCUCUUCCGGAGCUUCCAAGAAGAAGCAACCUACCUCUCCCCAGAAGCCCCCAUCUGCAAAAUCAAAGGCUAAAUCGCCGUCACCAAGCCCGGCUGCGCAAAAGCCUGCCGAUGUUACUCCUGAAGAGAAGUCGCCAUCGGUUGUAGAAGAGGAGGACCCGUUAGAAAGCGAAGAUGAAGGGGACCUUAAGCCAGAGCUCACGAAGAAAUCCAUCGAAAAGUUCCAAGCUAAACUGAAAGGCAGUGGUAACGAUCCAUACCCAGACUGGAAAGCCGGCGAACCUGUUCCUUAUGCUGCUCUCUGUACCACCUUUUCUCUUAUUGAGAUGACCAGAAAGCGCUUGGAGAUCACGGACCACUGUUCUCUUUUCCUUCGCCAGGUUCUUCGCCUGACUCCUGCCGAUUUCCUACCUACUGUUCAGCUGAUGAUCAACAAGCUGGCUGCCGACUACGCCGGCAUUGAACUGGGCAUUGGAGAAUCAUUAAUCAUGAAAGCUAUUGGUGAAUGUACCGGCCGCAGUCUCGCCAUCAUAAAAGCCGAUCAACGGGAAAUCGGAGAUCUGGGACUUGUCGCUGCCAAGAGUCGAUCAAAUCAACCUACCAUGUUCAAGCCCAAACCAUUGACUGUACGGGGAGUGCAUGAAGGCCUGCUUGCGAUUGCCCAGGUCCAGGGCCAUGGAUCUCAGGACAAAAAGAUUUCUGGUAUCAAGAAACUGCUCGCUGCAGCCGAUGCUGAUACUGCUGGUAAGGGAGGUAAAAGCGUGGAUAUCACUAAGGACAAGGGUGGCCCUAGCGAAGCCAAGUUCAUCGUUCGAUUUUUGGAAGGUAAAUUGAGGCUAGGACUCGCAGAAAAGACAGUACUGGUCGCUGUUUCUCGAGCAGUCCAGGCCCAUGAAGCCGAAUCAAGCGGAAACAAGAUUCCGUCUACAGAAAAAAUGGUUGAAGGUGAAAAUAUCUUCAAAACUGUUUACAGUGAGCUUCCUGCUUACGAAGUAAUCAUUCCUGCCAUUCUUGAGCACGGCCUUUUCAAACUACCUGAAAUUUGCAAGCUUUCUCCUGGAAUUCCCAUCAAACCUAUGCUUGCCAAGCCAACAAAGUCUAUCACUGAAGUGCUUGACCGAUUCGAAGGCAAGGAAUUCACUUGCGAAUACAAGUAUGAUGGAGAGAGAGCUCAGAUCCAUUUUGUGGCUCCCGAUUCUAUCCACCAAUAUCCCGGGGCUCUGGAGACGUUGCAAAAGGACAGCAAGGGACUUUCAUCAAUCUUCUCCCGCAACUCGGAAGAUCUCUCCAAAAAAUAUCCCGAUGUUCUAGGCAAGCUUGAUACGUGGGUUAAAAACGAUGUUAAGAGCUUUGUUCUUGACUGCGAGACUGUUGCAUGGGAUACGGAGGCCAAAAAGGUUCUUCCUUUCCAGCAAUUGAUGACUCGUAAGCGCAAGGAUGUCAAGGCAGAAGACGUGAAGGUUAAGGUGUGCGUAUACGCUUUCGAUCUGCUGUUCUUCAAUGGAGAGCCCUGUGUGAAGAAGACUCUACGUGAACGUCGGGAGCUUAUGCACCAAUGCUUCCAACCGGUUGAGGGAGAAUUCCAGUUUGCCCAAUACGGCAACUCUAAUGUUCUCGAUGAGAUUCAGGAAUUACUCGAGGCUAGCGUUAAGGCAUCUUGUGAGGGUCUCAUGGUAAAGAUGCUAGACACACCAGAGAGUGGUUAUGAGCCAAGCAAACGGAGUCGUAACUGGUUGAAGGUCAAAAAGGAUUACCUCGCUGGUGUAGGUGAUUCUCUCGAUCUUGUCGUCCUCGGAGCCUACUACGGUCGUGGAAAACGCACUUCGGUCUAUGGCGCCUUCCUUCUCGCUGCUUACAAUUCCAACAACGACACAUAUGAGACCAUCUGUAACAUUGGCACUGGCUUUUCCGAGGCGCUUCUCGAAGAGCUCCACAAGACGCUAGUUCCUUUGGUCAUUGACCGCCCAAAACCCUUCUACACUCACUCGACCGUCCCCAAGGAUCAACCGGAUGUUUGGUUCGAGCCGAGACUGGUCUGGGAGGUCAAAACAGCCGAUCUAACACUCAGUCCACGGUACCAAGCCGCUGCUGAUGAGUUCCAAGGGACUACCGGCGGUGGAAAGGGCGUGUCUCUUCGAUUCCCGCGGUAUAUCAAAUCCCGCGACGAUAAAAAGCCUGAUGAAGCCACCACUACCCGUGCUGUGGCGGAGAUGUACCGAAAGCAGGAAGCAGUCACCAAGGACCAUACGAGCAAGGGCGGUGUGGAUGAUGACUUUGAGUAUUAA